GCGCACCGCCUCGAGCCCGCCUCUCAGAAAGACUGCUGGCGCAUGCGGCCCGGCGGAGCAGUCGCUGCCCGAGCCUCACCGCGCCCGCGUCGGCCUGCCUGUCGCUGACGCGAGACUCUGAAGCCGGCCUCAGGUUAAAAAGGAAAAUGAAGUACAUUCUAGUUACUGGUGGUGUUAUAUCAGGAAUUGGAAAAGGAGUCAUUGCCAGUAGUGUGGGCACAAUACUCAAGUCAUGUGGCUUACAUGUAACAUCAAUUAAAAUUGACCCCUACAUUAACAUUGAUGCAGGAACAUUCUCUCCUUAUGAGCAUGGAGAAGUCUUUGUUCUGGAUGAUGGUGGAGAGGUUGACCUUGACUUGGGAAAUUAUGAAAGGUUUCUUGAUAUCCGCCUCACCAAGGACAAUAAUCUGACCACGGGGAAGAUAUACCAGUAUGUCAUUAACAAGGAGCGCAAAGGAGAUUACUUGGGGAAAACUGUCCAAGUUGUCCCUCAUAUCACAGAUGCAAUCCAGGAGUGGGUGAUGAGACAGGCAUUAAUACCUGUAGAUGAAGAUGGCUUGGAGCCUCAAGUGUGUGUUAUUGAGCUUGGUGGCACAGUGGGAGACAUUGAAAGCAUGCCCUUCAUUGAGGCCUUCCGCCAGUUCCAAUUCAAGGUCAAGAGGGAAAACUUUUGUAAUAUCCAUGUCAGUCUGGUUCCUCAGCCAAGUUCAACGGGGGAACAAAAGACAAAACCCACCCAGAACAGUGUUCGGGAGCUUAGAGGACUUGGGCUUUCUCCUGACUUGGUGGUAUGCAGGUGCUCAAAUCCUCUUGAUACAUCCGUGAAAGAGAAAAUAUCAAUGUUCUGCCAUGUGGAACCUGAACAGGUGAUCUGUGUUCAUGAUGUUUCAUCCAUCUACCGGGUACCCUUGUUGUUAGAAGAGCAAGGGGUUGUAGACUAUUUUCUUCGGAGACUUGACCUUCCUAUUGAGAGACAGUCACGAAAAAUGCUGAUGAAAUGGAAAGAGAUGGCAGACAGAUAUGAUCGAUUGCUGGAGACCUGCUCUAUUGCUCUUGUGGGCAAAUACACCAAAUUCUCAGACUCGUAUGCCUCUGUCAUUAAAGCUCUAGAGCACUCUGCAUUGGCUAUUAACCACAAGUUGGAGAUCAAGUACAUUGAUUCCACAGACCUGGAGCCCAGCACCCUGCAGGAGGAACCUGUGCGUUACCAUGAGGCGUGGCAGAAGCUCUGCAGUGCUCAUGGAGUGCUGGUUCCAGGAGGAUUUGGUGUUCGGGGAACAGAAGGAAAAAUUCAAGCAAUUGCCUGGGCUCGGAAACAGAAGAAGCCUUUUUUGGGUGUGUGCUUAGGAAUGCAGCUAGCAGUGGUAGAAUUCUCAAGAAAUGUGUUGGGGUGGCAAGAUGCCAAUUCUACAGAAUUUGACCCUAAGACUAGUCAUCCUGUGGUCAUAGACAUGCCAGAACAUAACCCUGGGCAGAUGGGUGGAACCAUGAGGCUGGGCAAGAGAAGAACCCUGUUCCAGACCAAGAACUCAGUCAUGAGGAAACUCUAUGGAGACAUAGACUACUUGGAAGAGAGGCACCGCCACCGAUUUGAGGUGAAUCCAGUCUUGAAAAAGUGCUUGGAAGAGCAAGGCUUGAAGUUUGUUGGCCAAGAUGUUGAAGGCGAGAGGAUGGAGAUUGUAGAGUUGGAAGGUCACCCAUUCUUCAUUGGGGUGCAGUACCACCCUGAGUUCCUGUCAAGGCCUAUCAAGCCCUCCCCGCCCUACUUUGGCCUCCUUUUGGCCUCUGUCGGGAGGCUCACACACUACUUACAGAAAGGUUGCCGGCUCUCACCCAGGGACACUUACAGUGACAGAAGCGGGAGCAGCUCCCCCGAUUCUGAAAUCACCGAACUGAAGUUUCCAUCAAUAAAUCAGGACUGAUCUGGAUGAUUCUUCAAGAAAGCCUUUGACCUGAUAGUUUACAACUAUGAUUUUACACUCUGCUUUUGACACUUCCUUUAAAUUAUGUUUUUAUUAAGAUUAUUUUAUUAUGGGGGGAAAGGUAUUUGAAAAACUUUGUCACUUGCAUGUCCUAGCAUUUAUAUUGGAUCCUGCAACAUACCUGUUUGUGAGACAAUUCCUUUGCAGUUUGUUUGUUUCUGACAUGGGAAGGACGACUCUGGAUGUGACCUUAUGGUGACCAGCGACUGGAUGAAGGCCAUCAGCCACCUUGUUUUUCCAACUACUUGAGUCACUGUCAUCCAUUAUUUCCCUGGGGUGCCAGUACUUUCAGUCCUGGGCUGCUAACUGUGGGUGUUGCUGGAAUCUCAGGGCUGCUUGAGUUGUGGGGAACUCUUGGUGCCAGCUGUGGUUGGCCCUGGCUAUCCAGAGGGAUGUUUGGUUCUUUUGUACAUCAGACAAGCUCUAUGAAGUGUCACAUAAAACCCCCCCCCGGGAUGCUGGCAGCAUUUCCUGUUCUUGGGGCUGAGAACACUCCUUGCAUCAAGGGGUCAAGAAACAAGGAAUCUUGGAAACUAGUUCUGAUGCCCUCUCCUGUGUAUGCAGCAUUGAUUUGGGGGUCUUUUUUUCUUCCAGAACGGUGUUAUUGCAGUUGAAAUGCAAUUCGAAAAGUUAUUUUCUUAAUGUGACACAGCAAUGGGCAUGGCCACAUGCCUAUACUAUGGUGGCAGGCUCAAUGUAUGCUCCUAACUUAAUAAAUAAUGCAGAACCA